UUAUUGUAGUUCCAACCAAAAUGUGGUAAAAUCGCGGUAUGGAUUUUUCUGUAGUGAGAUGUUUUGAUGUUUUUUACUGUUGUUUUGUUUAGCGUGUCCUACUCACCAUUUUUGAAAAAAGAAAAACAAAUUGACCACCGAAUCGAAAAAUCUCAAAUCAACGAGUCGUUGUUGAUUCAUAUAGUAUAGUUUUCCAUUCUACAUCAAAACACAAUUAACAUCCAUUCAUUGACUUGUCAAUUCAUAUCACACGGCCAAGAUGAAGAUGUUAACUAAAUUUGAGUCAAAGUCCUCCAGGGCCAAGGGUGUUGCAUUCCAUCCUAAGAGACCUUGGGUGUUGGCUUCAUUACAUUCAUCCACCAUUCAAUUGUGGGAUUAUCGUAUGGGAACUUUAAUUGAUCGUUUUGAAGAUCAUGUGGGUCCUGUCAGAUGUGUUGAUUUCCAUCCCACCCAACCUUUAUUCGUUUCUGGUGGUGAUGAUUACUCAAUUAAAGUGUGGUCUUUAAACACUAGAAAAUGUAUUUUCACUUUAAAUGGCCAUUUGGAUUAUAUUAGAGGUGUCUCUUUCCAUCGUGAUUUACCCUGGAUUAUCUCAUGUUCCGAUGAUCAGACCAUCAGAAUUUGGAAUUGGCAAAAUCGUCAAGAAAUUGCUUGUUUAACUGGUCAUAAUCAUUAUGUUAUGUCUGCUUCAUUCCAUCCAACUGAAGAUUUAAUUGUUUCGGCUUCAUUAGAUCAAACCGUUAGAGUUUGGGAUAUUUCAGGCUUGAGAAAAAAACAUUCAGCUCCAACUUCUUCUAUCAGAUCAUUUGAAGAUCAAUUACAAAGACAACAAUUACCUCAACAAGAUAUAUUUGGUAACGUUAAUGCUAUUGUUAAAUACGUGUUAGAAGGUCACGAUAAAGGGGUCAACUACGCUUCAUUCCAUCCAACCUUACCUUUAAUUGUUUCUGCUGGUGAAGAUAGAGUUGUUAAAUUAUGGAGAAUGAGUGAUACUAAAGCCUGGGAAGUUGAUACUUGUAGAGGUCAUACUGCCAAUGUUUUAUGUGCUGUUUUCCAUCCUCAUCAAGAUUUGAUUCUUUCUGUAUCAGACGAUAAGACCAUUAGAGUUUGGGAUUUGAAUAAAAGAGUUCCAAUUAAACAAUUUAGAAGAGAACAAGACAGAUUUUGGUUAAUUGCUUCUCAUCCAAAUAUUAAUUUAUUCGCUGCUUGUCAUGAUGGUGGGGUUAUGGUUUUCAAAUUAGAUAGAGAAAGACCAGCUUCAACUAUUUUCGCUAAUAGAUUAUUCUAUGUUAACGCUGAAAAACAAAUCCAAUCAUAUGAUUUCCAAAGAAAUGAACCUUCUUUACCAAUGUUAUCAUUAAAGAAAAUAGGUAAAACUUGGUCCUUCAUGAGAACCAUCUCUUAUAAUCAAAGUGAUAAUUCUAUCUUAGUUACAUAUGGUGAAGGUGAUACUUCUAGUUAUGCCUUAAUUACAUUACCAAAACAUAUCACUGGGGCUAUUGAACCAACUGAUGUUAGACAAGGUGAAGGUAAUUUUGCUACCUUUAUUUCUCGUAAUAGAUUUGUCACAUUCAUUAAAGCUACCAAGACUUUGAAUGUUAAAGAUUUAAGUAAUAACGUUACCAAGAGUAUUCAAUUAGAUAAUUCUAUUACUGAUGUUUUAUAUGGUGGUCCAGGUCGUGUCUUAUUAGUUAAGAGUCAUGCCGUUAUUAAUUACGACGUUCAACAAAGAAAAGAAUUAUCUGAAAUUGCAGCUAAUAAUGUGAAAUACGUUGCUUGGUCAAAUGAUGGUCAGAACUUGGCUUUAUUAUCAAAGCACACCAUCACUCUUGCUAAUAAAGAUCUUGAAUUGAUAACCUCUAUGCAUGAAACUAUCAGAAUUAAGAGUGCUGCUUGGGAUGACUCAGGAGUUUUAUUAUACUCAACCUUAAAUCAUAUUAAAUAUACUUUAUUAAAUGGUGAUAAUGGUAUAAUUAAAACUUUGGAAAAUACCUUAUAUAUCACUAAAGUCAAUCAAAAACAAGUUUACUGUUUGAACAGAAGUGGUGAAAUUGAAGUUCUUACUAUUGAUCCAACUGAAUAUAGAUUCAAGAAAUCAUUAGUUAAUAAGAAUUUCAAUGAAGUAUUAAGAAUCAUUAAGAAUUCAAACUUAGUGGGUCAAAAUAUCAUUGCAUACUUACAAAAGAAAGGAUAUCCUGAAGUUGCCUUGCAAUUCGUUCAAGAUCCAGAAACCAGAUUCGAAUUAGCUUUGGAAUGUAGCAAUUUACAAGUUGCCUUAGAACAAGCUAAGAUCUUAAAUAAUAAUACCAUCUGGGAAAAAUUAGGAGAAGAAGCUUUAACUCAAGGUAAUUUAGAAAUAGUUGAAUUAGUUUAUCAACAACUACAUUUAUUUGAAAAAUUAUCUUUCCUUUAUGUAUACAAGGGUGACAAGGAAAGAUUAGCUAAAAUGACCGUGGUUGCUGAACAUCGUGGUGAUGUAUCUUCAUUAAUUCAAAACACUUUAUACAAUAAUGAUAUUAAAAAGAGAAUCCAAGUCUUUAUUCAAGCAGGUUCUUUACCAUUUGCUUACUUAUUAGCCAAAUCGAAUGGAUUAACAGAAUUAGCUGAACAAAUCUUACAAGAAGCUGAUGUUGAAGAAAGUGAAAUCCAAUUACCUGCAUUAGGUGAUUCAGUUUCUAUACCUAAAGUUAAAGAAAGUCCAAUUAGUGAAUGGCCAUUAAAAGAAUCUUCAUUAACUUUCUUCGAAUCUGCAUUACUUACUGGUCACGUUGAAAAUGUCCCCGUUAAGGAUGCUGAAGAAGAUACUACAGCUUUUGUUGAUGCUGCUAAUGUUGAGUUUGAAGACGACGAUCUAUUAGAAGAUGAAGAUGGUGGUGCUUGGGAUUUGGAUGAAGAAUUAGAUAUUGGUGAAGAUGAAGAAGCUGUGGUUGAAGAUUUACCAGUGGUUAGUGCUGCUGAUGGUGAAAUUGGUUAUUGGUUAAAGAACGCCAAGACAGCUGCUGGAUAUAUUGCUGCUGGUGCUUUUGAACAAGGUGCGUCAUUAUUGAAUAAACAGUUAGGAGUUGUUGAAUUUGAACCAUUAAGAAAGAGAUUCCAAGAAGUUUAUCUUGCCUCUAAGUUAUAUUUACCUGGUGUUGAUGACUUACCACCAAUGAAAGAUUAUAUCAGAGCUGAUAACGAUGAAGAUCACCCAAAUAGAUUCAAACCUUUAAUACCUGGAUAUGAUAGUUUAGAAGCUGAAUUACAAAAAGGGUUCAAAUUCUUCAAGGAUAAUAAUUUAGAAAGUGCCAUUGAUACUUUCAGAAAUAUAAUUUAUACUAUUGCUGUGAUUACAGUUGACGAUGAAGAACAAGAAAUUAAAUGUAAGGAAAUCUUGACUUUAAGUCGUGAAUAUAUCCUUGGUUUAUCAAUUGAAUUAGAACGUCGUGCUUUACCAGCUACUAAUAUUAAACGUAACUUGGAAUUAGCUGCUUAUUUCACCAGAGUUCAACUUCAAAGUGCUCAUAAACUUAAUGCCUUACAAGUUGCUAUGAGUCAAUCAUUUAAGAAUAAGAAUUAUGCUAGUGCAUCAUAUUUUGCUGGUGAAUUCUUAAAGAUAACAUCAACCACAGCUAGAGCAGAACAAGCCCAAAAGAUCAAAGCCAGAUCUGAUACCAUUGCCAGUGAUGCUAUAGAUAUUGAUUUUGAUCCAUAUGCUGAAUUUGAAAUCUGUGCUGCAACUCAUACUCCAAUAUAUAAAGGUGAUGAAUAUGUUACUGAAGCCUUAGUUGAUGCCAAAUAUAAACCACAAGAAAAGGGUACUAUAUGUCAAAUCACCCAAAUCACAGCUGUUGGAGCCCAAGCUUCAGGUUUACGUAUCAGAGGUUAAUGAUCCCCCCCGCAUAGACUCAAUAACAUUGGGAACUACUUCCCCACAUGAAUGUUCUUUAUUCUUUUUGAAUCUUUCUUCUCUUUUUUUGUUUCCUAUUAUUUUUUCUUGAUUUAUAUUUUAUAUAUAUACAUAUUUCUUCUUUGAAAAUUGGAGUAAGUAAUCAAAAAUGCUUUUAAUAUAGUUUUUAUGUACCA